GAUAAGAUCGUUAACGAUGCACAGCUCCAUCCCACCCGCGGGGCUGUCACCGUGUCCCCACCGCUCUGACACAGCCCCGUCCGGCAGCGAAAUGGUGCGGGCGUCGUGGGUGAAGGAAAUGGGAGAGACCUGGCCGGAGUCCCGGCAUCCUCCUCCUCCUCCUCCUCCUGCCCGGCCCCACCUCCCCGGUCCCGCUUAACUGCGGCCGCGGGGCCGCCGCAUCCCGUGUGUAACCGCCCCGCCAUGCUGAGGCUGCUGCUGCUCUGCGGAGCCCUGAGCUGCGGGGCAUCGAGCGACGCCCCGCUUACCUUCACCAUGCUGCAGUGGACGCAGGUGUCCGACGGCAGCUCCGUCUUUUGGGGUAACGCCACGCUGGGCGGGCGGCUCAGCCACCUCCUGGACAACCGCAACGUCACUCAGGUGCUGCCCCUGGAGCCGCCCGCUGCCUGGGCACGGCAACGGGACACGGUGAGCAGCUACCUGAGCUACUUCAGCGCCAUAGUGCAGGUCUUCAGCAAGGAGAGGCCCCUCAACUACACCCAGCUCCUGCUCUGCCGCCUGGGCUGCUGCCUCUUCCCCAACGGCACAACCCGCAGCUUCUACGAGGUGUCCCUCAAUGGAACGGCCUUCCUCACCUUCCACGUCCCCAGCGCCACCUGGGAGCUCCGCUGGCCACGCAGGGACCCGGUGGCCACUUAUGCCCGUCGGGAGCUGAUGAAAUACACUGAGACCACCCAUAACCUACAGCACUUCCUCAACACCACCUGCGUGGACAUCCUGCGGGCCCAGAGCCCUCAGACAGGGAAGCAGAGAGGCCGCUCGCACGCCCCGCUGGUGCUGGGUCUGAUCCUGGGGGUCUCUGCGGUGGUUGGAAUGGCUGUGGGCAUCUUCUUGUGCACAGGAGGGAGCUGCUAGCGAAACCACGGCUGUCCUGUGUCACCCUGUGGGCACAGGGGGCCAACCCGGCAUCACCCCGGGGGGACCCCAGCUGGGAUGGUCCCCCCGCCCCAGGGAUGGUGCUCACAGUGCACUGAGGCUUAACAUGGAGCCACGCUUGGCCUCGAUGCAUGAAACGUGGAAAGCCAGAAGAAAGCCCCAAAGGGUGAAGAGGUCGGCAUUCAGACCGUGAUACAUCACCACGCUGGUGUGGAAGGGAGUGGAUGCCUGGAGGACAGAUGUCACAUCUGGGAAUGGAACCAUCGGUGGCCAUCCGUAUCUGUGCUCAACAGCCCUGCUUAGGGCCUGGUGCAAUAAAGCCCUUCUGCCCCCACA